AUGGGCGGCGGCAUGGGUGGCGGCAUGGGCGGCGGCAUAGGCGGCGGCAUGGGCGGCGGCAUGGGUGGCAGCAUGGGUGGCGGCAUGGGCGGCGGCCCGCCAGGGGCUUCGCCCACGCCGCAGCCGCAGCUGUUCAUUGGACGGCUGCCACCCAACACGCAGCAGAGAGAACUGGAAGAGGUGAUCCUUCCGUAUGGCGCAGUGAGCGUGAAGUUGCUGGAAGGGAAGAACUGCGCCUUCGCCGGUUUCGAGUCUUGGGCCGCGGCCGAGCAAUGCAUCGAGGAAGUGAACGGCCGGCAGCUGCGGCAAGGAGACCAACAAGCGGAGGGGCUCAAUGUGAAGUUUGCGGAUAUGAAAGGAGUGCAGAAAGGAGCUCAACAGGAGCCAAAAGUCUUCAUGGGAGGCCUGGCAGCUUCAGUGACGCAGGAGCAGGUGCAGAGAUACUGCGAGCAGUUUGGUCCUGUGGUUUUUUGCAAGAUCUUCACCAAGAACGACAGGUCCACACCGUGCGCAUUCGUGACCUAUGGAUCCUUCACUGAAGCCGAGCAGUGUAUCCAGAACUUGAACGACCAGGAGCAUCCCUUGGCUGCGGAGGGCAAAGUGCUGGUCGUGAAGAUGGCCGACAUGGCAAAGAGCGCCCGCACCCCGCCGCUGCCGCCGAUGCCGGGACGCUUCGGAGUGUCCGACGCGCCGGCGCCACCGGUCUCCUUCUUCACACCGGCGCCACCGGCCAUGCCCAUUCCAGCCCAUGUACCGCACGUGCAGCACGUGCAGCAUGCGCCGCCAAUGCACAACAAGCAGAUGCCAAGUCAUGAUGAAGGGCGGAAGAAUGGCGUAAAGGACAUGCGACCUUCUGGUGGUGGAGUCGAAGAGAAGAUCUUCGUGGGAGGGUUGCCAGAAGAAGCCAAUGAAGAUUUCCUGUGGGGCAUGAUGGCGCCUUUCGGUCGGGUGGCAGAGGUGAAACUGCUGCGAAAAACGGGAGCCACCAGCUGCGGCUUUGUCUCCUACACCAAUCUUGGGGAAGCCGAAACGGCAGUGCAGGCGCUCGCCAACUGUCGCUUCACCGUGAAGUUUGCCGAUGCCAAGGGCACCAAACGCUCCGCCGCCGUGGCCUUCGAAGACUAUGACGGUUUCGGGGCACGGCGCGUGCGGUGACGGCCUAUGACGGAC